AUGACUCCCUUUCUUAUUGGACCUAAGAAGGAUCAAGCAAUUCACUCACGCACGGACCUUAGUACCACCCGAUCGUGGUCCUCUUCAUCAGUCACUACAUCAGGACCACGAAAGUUGCAAGUAAAUGUCCCAAUUUUGCCAUUCCCUAAUGUUCGUUCCAUGGUUCCUCAAUCGCCACUACCACUCAUGCAAGCAAUCAAACAAGAAGAAGAGAGUGACACCACUUCUCCUACAUGGACAUUUUGCAGCUCUUGUUCAUUAACUACACCAUUGUCUCGUUAUGUACAAUCACAGAGAGGAGAGGUCAAAGAGUCUCAAGUGUACAUCCAAAGGAUGAGACGAGUGGAAAUGUUGAAAAAAGAGGAGAGCCUGAAACGAAACUUGGUCGAAUGCAUGAGAAAUCAAACCAUGAGCUUUGAACAAAUAAGUGUGACCUUUGAUGAAGACUUGAAAACAUCCUUGCCCGUUUCAUCUGAACAGCUGCCAAUGACAUGGAAGUUGAACUCCAACGAAAUGGCUGAAUUUUCUCAAACAAUGACAGCAACACCCAAUUUAGAAACCACCUUUGUGUGUGACAGAAAAAGGAACAUUUGUCGAUGUAUUCGACGAAUUAGAGCACGACAUUAUAGAUCAUUCAAGACCCUGACACCCUCCCAAAAAGCAGCAUGGAAAACCCUGAAUAACAUGUUGAAAACUUUUUAA